AUGCAAGUUGACUUCGAAACGCUAGCACAGCAGGUAGCAGAUUGGUAUAAUGAUUCUUCUUUUAUUGAAAUGCGUACAAAAAAGCAGAUGUGCAAUAUUUUAGACAAAGCUACUCUCAAAGCCGAAGAAUUCAGUCAUAUUUUCAAAAACAUAUAUGAUUAUUUCUUAAUAGAUGAUGUACUUGAAAUUAUGCAGCAUGCCCGUGUUAAUAUUUCAAAAGAUAUCUCAGAUGCAAACAUAAUUUUGCAUCGAAUUGGUAAAGUACUUAACAUUAGAGUUUUAAGUGAUAUCAGUAAGAAAUUUACAUCACUCGCUGACAAAAAAAGCCGCAGCAACGUAGACACAAGUUCAGAAUCAAUUAAGUCUCUAAUUGCUGCGGGAAAAGACAACAAUUUAGAGAAUUUAAACAGAAUAUACAAAAUUCUUUCUUUCGCAGCACAAGAAGGCUAUAAUUCUACAAUAGAAUACGCUGUUAAAAACGAUUAUAUUAAUGUAAAAGCAGAAAUAUUUGAUAAAAGUAUGACAAACACUUAUAAACUGACUGACUCAAACAUAUUAAUCAAAGCUGCGUAUGAAGGAGAUUUGACUCUCGUUGAAUCUCUUUAUAAAAAUAAUGUUGAUAUGAAAUAUACAACAAGAGACGGCGAAAAUAUCCUUCAUGCAUUUAGUAUCUCAAAUAACAUAGAAGGUGUCAAAUUUGCAUUAAACUUCUUUGAUAUUAACUCAGUAAAUUCAGGAAAUGAAACUGCUCUCUUUGUAGCACUUUUGUAUUCAAGAUACAAUGUUGUAGAUUAUUUAUUGAAGAGAGAUGAUGUUAAUACUAACAUCAUCUCUACAACCGGAUCUAAUUCAGAUGCUGUUUUGUUCAGAAUUAGAGAGAAUAGUAUGGUAAUUGGACGGCUGCUUGAGAAAAAGUCAGAUUUCUCUAAACGAGAAAAAUUGAGAUCAAAACAUCUUAUUGAUGCUGUUCAUGCGGCUUUGAAAGAUAAUGGCACAAAUUAG